GUAGAAAUGUGUGACGCACGCUCACGUGUUAGUGUGACCUAGUUCAUAAUUAGCGACUGCUGCCAGCAAUUUUGCUUCCGCUCACUCGCGCGACGCGACGAGUCUCCGACCGCCGCCAACCCAUGCCCCCGCCAACCGGGCUCUCAAAGACGCGCGUGGCCCAGUGGCGAUUGACCGUCGAUCUGCAAGACGACGCUGCCGGAGAGGUCUCGUUGCCUGUGCUGCACCACACGAAUGCGUCGCGCGUGACGAGGCUGGUGGGCGACGCCAAGAGGUUCUUGGUCGUCUGCUUCUCGAAGAAAUCGAAAGAUCGCUUCAUCAAAGAGUGGCUAGAGGCUAAUACUCGGGACGAGUCGGAGAUCUUGUUGCAGGACCAGGAAGUAUACAAGUACUUUGGGUACACCGAGAACAAUCUCAAAUCCAGCCAAGUGCUGUACUUUCGAGAAGGCUCGGACUUCACCGUCGCCUCUUUGCUGGAAAGCCUGGGCCAGGUCAGGGCGGUCUAUGACAAGGAUGGACCCGGCAAAUUCUGUGCCCGUCUCGGGCUGUCUUUCUCUUCUACUGUGCCGUCGAUCAAUAUCCUUCCAGAAGAACGAUGCGAACUACCCGACCUCAGAGCUGACGACGGCUCGCUCACCACAGACGGGGUCGGGCUCGUUCCCCAGUCAUUCGCGUCAGAGGUCACCGCUAUACUCGAUAUCCCCCAGGACACGUCCGCAUGGCAGAUCCGCCUCGGUGGCAUCAAGGGCAUGGUCACUGUCAUCCCUGACGACCUGUUCCACCGGCUUUGCGGCGGUGUGACGGACAAGAAACUGGUGUACCGCCCGUCGAUGCUCAAGUAUUCAGGCGGCCCCAAUAUGCUUGAGAUUCAGAAUGUAUCCAAGGCAGCCAAAGCCGGACGGCUCAACAAGCAGUUUAUUCUGCAACUACUGACCCGUGGGAUCCGGCUCGAAGUCUUCGAGGACCUGCUUCGUCUCCAGAUUGAGCAGAUCGACGAUAUCCUUACGAAUCGUGAGCGGGCGCUCGAAUGCGUCGAGGGCGACCUGGAUUCGGACGGGGCAGCUUUCUUCCAGGACUUGUACGAGAUGCUCCUCGCCGGAUUCGAUGCCACAGAGCCCUACGUUGCAACGCAGCUUCAGCGGUUCCGAAAGCACUUUCUCGAUAGUCUGCGGAACAAACUGAACAUCUCAGUCAAGGGCUCGUAUAAUCUUUACGGCGUGGCCGAUCCGAGCGACGUCCUCAAGGAAGGCGAGGUGUACGUGAAUCUGCCCAGCAAGGGCGGCGUGCAGGUCGGCCCUGUUGCCGUCUUGCGGAGUCCUGCGUACGAUCCCAACGGGGUGCGAGUGCUGGUGGCCGUGGACAGGCCCGAGUUGCGGUUCCUGACGAACUGCGUUGUGUUCUGCACGGGUGGAUCGCACAGCGAGACCGAUCGGAUGGGCGGAGGGGAUUUGGACGGGGACAUGUUCUUCACCAUCUUCGAUCAAUCGCUCAUCCCCAGUGCGCGCGACUUUCCCGAUCCCGCGCCCAAGCAGCAGCACGCGCCGGCCAGCGCAUCCGUCACCAUCGGUGGGCGUACACACACCGCGGCGGGGAAGAAGCAGUUCAAGGACCUGCGGGCCGACGCGGUCAGGACAUUCGUCGAUCUGCACGGGAACAUGCUGGUCGGACAGAUCGACAAGGAGUGGAUGGCGAACGUCGUGCGGUCGCCCGAGCUGGCAGACUCGGAAGCGUGUCGGAGGUUGUUGCCGAUGAUGGAGACUGCUUUGGACCUGGUGAAGAGCGGUGGGAGCCUGGCCGGACUGAAAACCGACCUCAAUAUGUUUAGGUUGCGGAACAAGCCGCCAACGCAGGUUCCCGGCUGGGAGGACCCUCUACUGCUGCUCAGCCGGCUGGUUCCUAUAGCAGAAGCACCGGCCAGCACGUUUGUGUGUGAUCCGCAGCUGGUGCUUCUGAAUUCGACAUCGGAGCAGGCGUGGAGCGAGUCGUGUGCGGAGGCGAGGAAGAUCAUGAGGCAGUACAACCAGUCGCUGCAAGCCGCCAUCCAGGCUGACAAGGAUGCGAAGGAGGCUGGAUGGGAUGAAGACAUGAAACGCGCUGAUGUGCUGAAGCAGGAGAUAUUGGCCAGAUAUUUUCCGAUGCCGAUGGCGAAUGUACUCGAAGAUACACCUAGGUACCUGCUUCAAGCUUCCGUGUGGUAUUAUGUCGGAUACCAGCAUGAGAAACCAUCCUUUGCCUGGCUUGCUGGACGGUGGCUUUGUCACCUCAAAACAGUCCACAGCGGAACUUUUCCUAUAUCGGUUGGCCGACAAGCCCUUCCUCUGUCAGGAUCCAAUACUGCUGUCCCAACAGCCAUGGCAGUCCCCGCUCCGCAUCCGUCUUCCAGUCGUCCUCGGGUCGCUACCCGGCGCCUGGCUCGAGAGAACACUGAUGAAACCCUCGUUGACCUCGAUACCGCAUCCGGGCCGAUGCUCGUGUCAUCCAAGCCUCGCCAUCCCACACGCAAGCCAUUCGUGGAGUCGCCCGUCAGCGUCUCUGCGCCACUCGCUGCAGCGCCCGCUCCUUUCUCCGACGCGCGCGUGACGCUUCGAAAACACAAACCAACCCGUGACCCUCCGCGUGAGCAGCGUCCCCCGCCCGCAGCGAGCGCAUCAUGUGCCCCACCGCGUCGGACCCGGCUCCCGGCUGACCAUACGUGUCGCUUCGAGAUCCAGUCGCCGACGAAGCGGCGUGUGUGCCGCUGCGGUGCGAUCUUGCACGGCAGCGCGAGCGUGUUCUGACCCGCCUUUCGAUUCUGAAUACCCGAGAGCUGUACAUAUCGACUGGACUGACGCUGAGCAUCUUGUUGCGCUAGUAUUGUAUAUAACUGCUAAUGGAAGUAGAUAGAUGUACGAGAUCUGUAUAUACUGUAUGUGUGUAGUGCCACUUUCUUGAGAUUCGAAUGCAGAAGAGAGCGUACCGGGUGCUCGACAGCAGCCGCGCCCUCGGCCAUCUCGGUCGACAGCCCAUGGAGAGCGGAGGGUGCAGGCCCGGAGAGAGAUGGCGGCUCAGCACAGCACCGCAAGAUGCGUACACAUCCGGUCCCAUGGAGCGCAGCGGAUCCGGGAUCCCCAGGUUGCGUGAUGCCCAUCGCUCAUCGUGACGGGCACUGGGAUUGCCAUCGACGUCGAGGUACUUACGGCGCUCAAUGAAUCCAGGUACCGAGGACAUCCAUCAUCCAUCAUCUGAUCGUCGUGGGAG